AUGACCCGCGCCGCCGCGUCGUGCACCUUUGCCCCGUGGGCCUCUUGCGGCCACCAUUCCUUGCACCAGGCGGCGCAGGAGGGAGAACGCAGGCGAGCUGUGGCCCAGACACUGUACCACGAGCUGAACACCGUGAUCGGUCGGAGCUGCGAGACCGUGAUGGCGGCCUCGGCCGGGGGAGGCUUCAUCGAGUGCAAGGAGGCGUACGACUCGUACGGCCGCGACACGUGGGUGGACCACAAGGCGAUCCCCAGCGCCGCCAAGGUCGGAGACACGCUCAAGUUCGGCGUCACCCUGAGCGAGAAGGAGGGCACCCUCGCGCCCAGAAGGUGUCCGUGGCGUGAGGCGGGGGUCGCUGCGCAGAGGAGAGGCAGGUGGAGGAGCAUGUGGUUGGGUAGGGCCGAUGCGCUGGAGGUCGCGACGCUGACGUGUCGCGCCCCGCAUGAAGCCGGGUCUUUGCGACGCUGGCGCCAGGUAAUCAAUUGAUUCAAGGAGGUGGUGCCCUGCAUGUGAACCGCGCGCCACGAGGAGG